AUGAGUGCUGGUGCUCUUUCUUCGAAUCCAGUUUUUCAUGCACGCACUAAGCACAUUGAAAUAGAUGUGCAUUAUGUCCGGGAGCUAGCUGCAAAGAAAAAGCUGUGUGUUCAAUAUGUUGGUACAGAAUAUCAAGUUGCAUAUAUUCUGACCAAGGCAUUUCCAAGUUCUAGGUUUCAAACUCUCCGAGCCAAGUUAAAGGUCACUGCUGCAGUUGAUACUGAAUUAGAUAACAAUGGNGAGGAACAACUAAAUCAAAUUUUUGAAGCUCAACCUAACCUUGCGGUUGAUAAUGAUUAUGAUCUCUACACUAUUGCUCUUUUAUUUCGAGUUUUUAGACAAUAUGGUUUCAAGAUUUCUUGCUCCGUGUUCAACAAGUUGAAAAAUAGUGAUGGUAUGUUCAAGGAAAGUUUAACCAACGAUGUAAGAGGCAUGCUGAGUUUAUAUGAAGCGAUACAUUUGAGACUACAUGGGGAAGAAAUUCUUGAAGAGGCCCUUGACUUCACAACCUCUCAUCUCAAGUCCUUGGCCGAAAAAUCAAGUCCUCAUUUAGCAAAACAUAUAAUGAAUGCCCUUGAUUUGCCCUUGCACCAAGGUAUUCCAAGAUUGGAAGCACGCCAGUACAUCUCUUUCUAUGAAGAAGACCAUGAAUUUAGAAAUGAAACUCUACUCAUGUUUGCAAAGUUAGAUUUCAAUAGGGUACAAUUGCUACACAAACAAGAGAUGAAAAAUCUUACAAGAUGGUGGAAGGAUUGUGACUUGGCAUCAAAGUAUCCUUACUCAAGAGACAGAAUUGUGGAGAUCUACUUUUGGUCGAUAGCAGAUUAUUUUGAGCCUUGUUUCUCGAUGGCCCGUCUAUUACAUACUAAAAUUAUAAUGAUUCUUGCAGUUAUAGAUGAUACAUAUGACGCAUAUGGUACAGUUGAAGAGCUCCAAAGUUUCACAGAUGCCCUAGAAAGGUGGGAUUCUAGUGCGCUAGUUGAUUUGCCAGAAUAUAUGCAAGCUCUUUAUAGCGCUAUCUUGAAUCUUUACGAUGAAUUGGACGAAGAAAUGAGCGAAGAAGGAAGAUCUUAUAGUGUCUCAUUUACAAAGGAUAAACUGAAGGAGCUUGCCAGGGCCUAUCUGCUCGAGGCCCAGUGGUUCCAUGAAGGAUUCGUCCCAUCAUUCGAAGAACGUAUGGAAAAUGCAUUGGUCACUGGUACUUGUUUUUACGGCAUAGCAGCAUUAUUUGUGGGUAUGGGAGAAAUUGCAGGGAUUAACGAAUUUGAAUGGCUGCAAAACUUUCCGGAAAUCGUUAGAGCUGCAUAUACUAUUGGCCGUCUCAGGGGGGACAUGGUAUCCCAGAAGUUUGAGCAAGAGAGAGGACAUGUUGUCUCUACUAUGGAAUGCUACAUGAAGCAAUAUGGAGCCUCGAGAGAAGAAGCAAUUAAGGAGUUUAACACAAUGAUUUCAAAUGCAUGGAAGGAUAUAAACGAAGAAUGCAUGAAGCCAACAGUUGUCUCCGUGGAAAUUUUACGUAGAGUAGUGAAUAUUGCACGCUUGGUGAAUGUCUUCUACAAGAACAAAGAUGGGAUCUCAUUUCCAGAGUGUUUGAAAGAUUACAUAACCAAACUCUUCAUUGAACCAAUCCCUAUCUAA